AUGCUGACACUUGUUGCACUUUCAGUAUCGUGCUGUCUUCUACUUUCCUCCAUUCUUUACAUCUGCCGAUGGGACAACCCCCAAGCUCAGUCUGCAGGAUAUGUCGAUUCCACCAAUGGUCGUAUAUCUGACCCCGAGCUAUGCCGUCUGCUUAUUGGAAACAAGUUAACCCAAUGUCGCCGACAGAAUCAACUUUCGCCUCUGGAGUCAAAAGCGAUACCAAAUCAGAGAUUGCGGGCUCCCUUCGCAAUUGAAAACGUAUUCACCAGCUUGGACUCUUCGGUUGCCGACGCAUUUGUUCGUGAAUCCAGAAAUCGAAUAAAUCUAAAUCCCGGAGAGUGGUCGACGAUAGGCCAUGUGCUCAAAGACGCUGCGAGAAAGUGGAUCUUUGUUGGCUUCAAUGAAGAUGGGCCAGAGGAAGGCUUGAUACAGUCUGCCCAUCACCGCACUCCUUUCUCUGUUAGAAUUAACGUGACAAGCCUAGUGCAAGCCCUUACUCUUAAGGCCGCGCUAAUAACAGUCUGCAAGACAGAGGCCCGGCAUUGCUCCAACGACUCGGCCAUACUUCAACUGGCUCAACAUAUCAAUCAAGGAUGGAUUCAAUCGGAGAAGGGGACCGGAGCCAGCGGCGACUGCUCCAGAGUCCUUAAUUUUGAGCAGAAUCAUUCAUUGCAAGCUAGCCUCCAGUCAUUAUUUUCCUAUCCAGACCAGGGAGAAGCAAACUCACUCAAUCUCCUCGUGCCAUCAUUUGAGACAAUGUGGAGAGUCGUUCUACGUGCUCUGCUAGAGAUCAAUUUCCGGUCACGUCGUGAAAGUCCAGAAUGGACCGAAGCGAUAAUUGCAUUCUACAGGAACCCUAGCAAGGAACAAUUUGAGAGGCGACCGAGUCUACGGGUAGGUUCAAAAACCAAUGCAAUGGCGAUUGUGGAGCAUGAUGGUAAAUCUGAUCCAACAGAGACUCCAUCCGCGAGAGACAUAGUCAUGGAAGCUUUGCGGCUUCAUCCUCCGACCCGACGAAUCUACCGGGCAUACCAGUGGGAUAAAAGUUCAAAGUCAAAUGAGCCUGGGCCAAACUCUGGCAGCCGCACAAUCAACCAAGAGCUAUCGGGCCAGGAGGGGCUCCAUUUAGGAGAAACUGUUGCAAAUUCGUAUCAAACGAUCGCUGCGGAUGUUGAAGCAUGCCAUAUAAGACCCGAUAUCUGGGGAUCGGAUGCCACUAUAUUUGAUCCGACCCGCUGGGUGAACCUAACAAAGGAGCAAAGCAAAGCUUUCAUGCCUUUUGGCAGUGGGCCACAUGAAUGUCCAGCAAAGGCUGUAUUUGGACCACGGAUGAUAUGUAUCCUAUUGGGUGCAUUGCUUGUUGGCAUGAAAGAUGAUGAACGGGCACCUAAUAUAAAGUGGGCGUUCAAGUGCCCCGAUGAUGAAUUCCUUAAAUCUGUAACUUCAGGGAAAAGGCUGAGCUUGGAGAGGGGUGCUUUUGAUGAUUUAGACUUGUGUGGUUCUUGGUCAUAG